AUGUCAGCUCCAAUCAACAAGGAAAAGGUUCAAGAUCAAGAACAAGAAAUUCUUAAAAUCAGAAUUACUUUAACUUCCACCAAAGUUAAGCAAUUAGAAAACGUUUCUGCUAACAUCAUCAGAAAUGCCGUUCAAAACAAAAUUGUUAAGAAGGGACCAGUUAGAAUGCCAACCAAGGUUUUAAAGAUCACCACCAGAAAGUCUCCAAAUGGUGAAGGUUCUAAGACCUGGGACACCUACGAAAUGAGAAUCCACAAGCGUGUCAUUGACUUACAAGCUGAAGCUUCUAUUGUCAAGAAGAUCACUCAAAUCACCAUCGAACCAGGUGUGGAUGUCGAAGUCACCAUUGCUGCUUAA